GGUCCCGCGACCCAAAACAAAGAUGGAGUCCUGUCCAGAGAACAGCACACAGGCCGAGAGCACCCACGUGGACCCAAAUGUGGACCUGACCGAGGACCUGGGCAAGCAACUGGAGGACAUCAUCAGCGCCUACCGGGCCAACGAGGCUCCAGAUGAGCCGGAAGACGCGGAGGAGGUCCAGUCCAACACCCGACGGGACCAGAAACUGGAGAGAAAGAUGCUCAAAAACUUGGGAAAGGACGCCAUGCUCCUCAUGCAAAGUCUGAACAAACUCCACACUCCCGAGCAGAAACUGGAAGCCACCAUCAAGAAGCACGCCGAGCUGCUGGAGGAGCACCGGAGCGACCAGAAGCAGCUGAAGGUUCUGCAGAAGAAGCUUCUGCAGGUGAUGAAGGAGAAGGACCAGCUGCAGAGUGAGCACAGUCGCGCCGUCCUGGCUCGUAGCAAACUGGAGGGACUCUGCCGGGAACUACAGCGGCACAACAAGAGCUUAAAGGAGGAGACGCUGCAGAGGUGCCGCGAAGACGACCUGAAGAGGAAGGAGAUCACCACCCACUUCCAGGGAACCCUGAGCGACAUCCAGGCCCAGAUCGAAGAGCACAGCGGCCGCAACGCCAAACUGUGCCAGGAGAACAGCGCCCUGGCCGACAAGCUCAAGGGCCUCAUCACACAGUACGACCAGCGGGAGGCGAACCUGGAGAAGGUUUUCAAGCACCGUGACCUGAAGGAGAAGCUUCUGGACACCAAACUGACUCAGGCCAACAUGCUGCUGAAGGAGGCCGAGGAGAAGCACAAGCUGGAGAGGGAGCUCCUGCUGCAAAAGGCCGCAGAGUACAAGUCGCAAGCAAAGCUCUUGAAGGAGAAUGAGGUGGAGAUGAAGGCGCAGCUCGACAUGUACUCCAAGAAGUUUGACGAAUUCCAGGGCACCGUUUCAAAGAGUAACAGCGUCUACAGCAGCUUCAAACAGGACAUGGACAAAAUGGCCAAGAAGAUGAGGAAGCUGGAGAAGGAGUGUCAAUCAUGGAAGAGUCGCUUUGACGGCUGCAGCAGGAGCCUCGUCGACAUGGUGGCGGAUAAAACUGUGAGGGACAAGGAGUUGGAGGUGGUCACCCUCAAGAACCAGAAGCUGGAGAGUCUGUGCAGGGCCUUGCAGGACGAAAGGAAGAGUCUCUACGAGAAGGCGCAAGCAGCCGGAGGUCGCCCGGACGAGGGGGCGAAAAAGGACGUCCCGCAGAAGGAGACCCCGGAGGAAGAUGGCGAGGAGCCGUCGACCGCGGCCCCCGCCGGGUCCGCCGCCUCCCCCGAAAACCCUCUGAGCCAGGAACUGGUCAAACUGAAAGCCGAGCAGGCGCUCCCGCGGGAGAUCGCCGGCUCCUUCGCCAUCUCCCACGUCGUACCCGUCGACACGGGGACACGAGGACCCUCCCGAGGCGCCCGCGAGCCAGCGGAGAACCGCACAGGGCGGAGCCAACGAUGCCAUGAACAUUUGGAACUGGAGUCCGUUGAUUAACACUCAGAAUUUGCGGCUUUAUAAUGGGAUGUGUUAUUUCUGUAGCAAUAUAAAAAGAGGAGCAUUUAACAAAUACA